AUGUUCCAGCAACAAGAAAAUCUGGGUCUUCCCACACGGGUCCACUCUCCGGUCAGUGGAAUGCCGCGAAGAGUUCAUCCUGGAGCUGUGCUUCUCUCUCCACAGUCCACAGCCAUGAACAAUAUUCAUAGCACUGGAGCGUCUGGUGAAAAAGGCAAUGGCUCGCAUAUGCCUCUCAGCCCUCAACUUUCGUCUCAGCAUCUUUCCCUCAACGACCUGUUGGAUCAGCAACAAAAUAUGCUAAUGGAUCACACACAACGCUCAGCAGCCGGACCUGCUGUCGUAUCUCCAUUAUUGCAGCCUAAUACUUCCAUGUUUUUGGACUCGUUCACAAGGCCUACAAGCAGCAUGGGUGCAUUGCCCGCUCCUGCUCCUACCAACAUGGUCAAUUUCACUCACGACGUGAACCAGCUUUGCUCGUGGAUGCUGAUGCUGUCGUCAGCACAACAAAACUCAGUUAUGGAUAAUCUUUUGUCUUCGUUGAACGAGGAAGUUUUGCAACACACCAAACUGAAAUUAGACAGUCUGAUCAGCUCGGGAUAUAUCUCUCCCAGUGUGAGAUCGCCGCAAGUCAUAGCGCCCAUGCCAGAUAGAGGUCUCACACCACAACCUUUAACGCUGGACUCUCUUUUGAACAAUAACCUCGACCACAGCAUGAAUCGACAAUGGUCUCCUAUACCUCAGACUAACACAAACGGGCAGCCAAUCUACGACUACAUAAACGACCUUACCCACAGGCCACGUUCCGCUGACCCACAGCUGAGGAAAAAAUUUGGUACUCCUGGAAAACAGAUACCAAAAAAAUCGUCCUCACAACCGAAAACAGCUCCUCACAAUGGUAUGAGUUCUCCCACUGGAUCUACAGGAUCUUCGUCCUCAUCGUCGAUGAAUCCCAAGACCUUGACAGAUCCUAAACUUUUGAACAACAUCCCUGCAUGGUUGAAAUCUUUGAGACUUCACAAGUACUCAGACGCUUUGAAUGGGAAGUCUUGGGUUGAUUUGAUUUACUUAAAUGACGAUUCGUUGGCCGCUUUGGGUGUCUCUGCUUUGGGAGCCAGAAGAAAGCUUUUGAAGGCUUUUUCUGUAGUGAGAGAUCAUAAAGAGCGUGGUCUUAUUGACUCUAAUGCAUUUUAA